GUUCUUCGUGAGAAUGAUUCGAAAGCUGUUCCGGUGGGUAUACGAUCAGGCAUUAUAUUAGUGGCCAAGGAUUACAUACUUCCCCCAUCUCAUCUGUCUGUCACAUUCUGAAUAUAGGUGAUAUCCCUUAAAAGACGAAACCCAAUUAUGAUACGUUAUGGGCCGGUGGCGACAUUGUCGAUCAUAUUGCCAUACUCGCAGGGAUCUCUAUCUUUCUCACAGAGGUCUAUUUGAACGCAAACUUCAAAACCCAAGUAAACAUGGAUAAUAGCACGUUGAAUAUCUUCGGUGUCAGUGGAUCCCCUGGUCUUGUAUUCCUCGCCGACAUGUUCUCAAUCGACCUUGAUGGGCAGACAUUUUCUGUUCACUGGUCUCUUGUUGGCGCCUGUGGACAUCAGUAUACAGGCUCAUCAAACAACGCUUGUAUUCAAAAUCAAUUCGUCAAUAAUGUCGCCCUGUAUCUAAACGUAAAUACCAGUGUAAAUUGGAACUUAACAGCCCCAAUAGGCACGUUUGAUUCGUCAGUGGUACAAAAUCCUCCACCAGUGACAUACAUACCCGGAAGAAGACAAUUACCAGCAAAAGAAUAUGAUACGGUUCUGUCCAUGGAUCCAUUUCUUCCGUAUACGUUACAGAAGCAAGUAUCGACUCUUUACUACCCAUUUGAUCAGCACUCUGCAUAUGUAUCGCUGUUAGCCAUUGAUACUGACAGCAAUCAAUCACUGCCGAUAUCUGGCGUAAUUGGAUACGGAAGUAUGAUAAAUUGGAUCGGUUCUAGUGCGUUUUACCCGACUACAGCAGGGAACGAGAUGUUUUAUGCCCUGGCCCUAACCGUCGAGCGACAAAAAAUGGUCAAGGCGUUCGCCCUCCUCCUGGUUGUCAUAAACUGGACUCUCUCUGUCACCAUUUUAUGGAUGACAGUCCUAGUGCUGUGCCGUGCGAACGUCAAUGACAGCCUUAUCUUGACCUCGACAACAGUGCUUUUUGCACUUCCACAGAUCCGGGCGAGUAUGCCGGACUCUCCGCCAUUUGGCGCUUUCAUUGAUAUUUCAGGUUACUUCAUGAACGUCUGUCUCGUCAGCAUCUGUACUUCAGUUCUCCUCUUUUCGCGAUUACAGUAUCAUUAUCGGCCAGUAGUUACAACAUCGGUGGAACUAAUGCGAUCACAGGGUGCUACAUUUCUUAUGAAUAGGGAAUGAAUGGCCCUACGAGUGCAUAUUGGAUGUCGUAC